GCCGGCGUCGAUAUACCGGAUCCUAGUAUCCGUACCGGCCCGGCUGUCCACGGUACUUAUAAUAUCGCCCAGCCGAAUUCCGCACCGCUAGAAGGUACUUCGCUACUUCUUAGGCGUGCUUACGUUAGCCACGAUAGCCACAGCGUCGAGAGAGCAGCUUUAGGCAAUAUUAGAAGCGAUGAGGAUAGAAAGAAUCUUUGCGAGCUCUAG